GAAAUUUGCUAUCCAAUCAAUAUAGAAACUAGAAAACUCAUCACAAUUGAAUAUUUUUAGUACCAUCUCUUGUAACCAUCACAAAUGGAAAUGGAAAACAAAUCCUUGGAAAUCACACUACGUCCUUAUAGGCUCUCAGAUGCUGAGGACUUCUCGAAGUAUACUGGGGAUGAAACGGUAACACAAUUCACUCGUUGGAACACCUUCAAAUCCAAGGAGGAAGUACUUUCCUACAUCAAUGACGUUUGUAUUCCUCACCCUUAUUGCAGAUCCAUCUGCAUCAAUGACUGUUCGAUCGGAAUGGUCUUCGUCAAGCCACAAGAUGGUGAUGACAAGUGUCGAGCGGAGAUCGGGCAUGCGUUAGCAGCCGAGUACUGGGGACAAGGCAUACUAAUCAGAGCUGUGAAGAUGGCCAUCACUGAAGGGUUUAAAGAGUUCACUGAUUUGGUUAGAAUGCAAGCUUUGGUUUUGAUAGAGAACAAGGCCUCCCAGAGAGUCUUGGAGAAACUUGGUUUCCACAUGGAAGGUCUCUUGAGGGAGUAUACCAUUCACAAAGAUUUUGGAUCACACAUAAUCGUAUGACUGACUACUUUAUACCCCCUAUUUAUAUAUCCCAAUUGAGCUUGGAACCAUCUCAAACUUCCUCAAAGUUAUGGAGUCCUCAAGAAUUUCAAUGCGUCCUUUCAGAGUCUCCGAUGCUGAUGACUUCUUGAAAUGGGCGAGUGAUGACAAAGUGACGCGCUAUUUGAGAUGGAACACCAUAACCUCUAGGGAAGAAGCCUUGGCAUACAUUGAGAAGGUUGCUAUACCACACCCAUGGCGCCAGUCCAUCUGUCUGGAUGACCAUUCGAUUGGAUAUGUUUCGGUCAAGCCCGAAGCGGGCGAUGACAUGUGUAGAGCCCAUGUUAGCUAUGCCGUGUCUGCAGAAUACUGGGGACAAGGGAUUGCCAAACAGGCACUGAGGAUGGCCAUGUCUAGAGUGUUCAAAGAGUUCCCAUGUUUGGUGAGGGUUGAGGCUUUGGUGGAGGUUGAGAAUAAGGUUUCCCAAAUGGUUUUAGAGAAAGUUGGGUUUGUGAAAGAAGGUUUGUUAAGGAAGUAUGGUUAUUGUAAAGGUGAGAUUAGAGACAUGUUUAUCUACAGCUUCUUAUCAGCUGACAAGAUUAUGUGAUUCAUCUGUUCAAAUUUUCUUAGAACAUCUCUUAAUGGUUUGGUUUCUUACUUUGAGGAA